UUACAAGAGAGAUAAGCUUGAAAUUGAAUAAUGACUUCUAGUAGAUUGGAUCGACUUUUUGUGCUCUUGGAGACCGGCAGUACCUCUGUAACUAGAUCAGCUGCCGCCAAACAGUUAGGGGAAGUACAGCGGCUACAUCCUCACGAGCUCAAUACCUUGCUGUUCAGGACUGCCUCGUACCUGCGUUCCCCUAGCUGGGACACCCGAAUAGCUGCCAGCGAAGCCGUCAGGGCAAUUGUUAAUAACGUGCCCCAAUGGAAUCCUCGGGGAAUACCCGACACUAUCAAAGAGGAAAAUGGUGUGUCAUCUCAAGCAUUAUCGAUCGUCGGAAGACUACAGUUUGAGCAGUUUGACAUGUCUAAAGUAUUAGAUAAUAGCACACAUUUAAUGGCUUCUGAGGGCAAGGAGUUUGACGUGGAAGAAGAUUCAGCUUUAGGUUUAGACAUGAAGGAACGCCUAGCCAAGCAAAGACAACUCCUCAAUAACAGGCUGGGCUUAGACGUGGCCGCCAGGAUGGGUUUCAACACUUCAGCCUUAUUCUCCAAUGAAGACUUGGCCGUAGGCAUCGAGAAAAUCGAUCAACCCCACGAUUACAAUUCAGGAAUUGUAAAGGAAACCAUCAAAGAGAUAGUGGUGGCGUUACACAGGGACUGA